GCCACCUCCACAUCGCCUCUGGGGGGCACCUCCCUCUUCCUUCCAGCUCUGCCUCAUUCCUCACUGGCAGUGACCUCAGGGACCCUGGCCUUGGCUGGGGAUUGUAAAAGCGACCACCCUGGAAAAGAGCCUUCACUAUAAGACUGAACCCAGUUUAGCAAGGGUGACUUGCUCGACAAAGAGCUGGCGAGGAUUCUGAGUCCUGACACGGGGUACAGCCCGGUCCACCUGCCUCCCGAUCCCGGGCGUGUCUCCCAGUGGCCCUGGAAGUCCCCGCGGAGAUGGAGUUGUGCCUGGAUAAUCCGACCUGAGGCUCCCCAUUCUCCACCUCUGCCCGCCCUCUUGAUCCCAGGAGUGUCCGGGAGGAAGUGCGCCGCCUCCACCAGCAUCAUCACGAGCACACACGAAGGGCCCCUCCGCCCCUCCUCGCCGCCGCCCGCACCGUGCGCCCCGGCGGGCCCUGCUCCCUGGGGGGCUAUGGAGAGCACGAGCUCGGGACGCCGCGAGGCCCCGAAGGGGCUGGGCCUUUCCUUCUCCAUCGAGGAGAUCUUAAAGAGGCCCGGUGAGAGGAGGGCCUUGCUCGGGCCGGAAGGGGCAGGCGGAGGGGACCCUGGGCCAGCAGCAGCUGCGGGCUCCCUCCCAGAAAGGCCCCCGCAGGACCAGCCCCAGGAGGAGAGGAAGAGCAGGCGGAGGGCCCGAACCACCUUCAGCACAGAGCAGCUGCAUGAGCUGGAGAAGAUCUUCCACUUCACCCACUAUCCAGAUGUCCAUAUCCGCAACCAGCUGGCAGCCAGGAUCAACCUCCCAGAAGCUCGGGUGCAGAUCUGGUUCCAGAAUCAGCGAGCCAAGUGGCGGAAGGAGAAGACUGGCAGCCUUGGGGCGUCGCAGCAGCUGAGGGAGGCCGACUUGACCCCGGCCACAAGUGUGGACAUGGCCGUGAGUGGCUGAGACACUGUGGGGGGGAUGGGGAGCCACCAUCCAGGAACAUCCCCACCAGACCCAGA